AAGAAGGUCGAAAUAGUUCCGAGCGCUCCUUUCGCGGAACAGUUGCUUUGAACUAGUUCAAAACGUAAACAAUCGCAAUAAAAAUCGAAAACCUAACUAAAUACACUUUAUAACUUAAUAUAACUUCAAUUAAGGAUGGGAGGCUCUGAGAGGGCAUCCUCGCGGUCUUCAAGCUAUCAAAGUUCAAGACAUAGAUCGUCAAGGUCGAAGGAUAGAGAAAGGGAUCGUGAUAGGCAUCGUGAAAGGGACCGUGACCGAGAGCGUGAUAGAGACCGGGACAGGGAUCGAGAUCGUGAUAGGGAUCGAGAUCGUGAUAGAGAACGGGAUCGUGAUUAUUAUGCAUCAUCUUCAAGGCGACACAAAAGCAAAUCCAAGUCGAAGCAUUCUAAAAAAUCAAAAUAUCAUCGUAGAAGCUCAGAUUCCAGCAGUUCCUCAUCAGAGUCCUCUGAGAGUUCCAGGGACAGUCGCAGCAGCAGAAGCAGCCGAACAUCAUCAAAAUAUUCUACGUCACGUAGUAGUAAGACAAGGGCACCUAGUUCUGAGAGUAAUUCCAGAAGUACACCAGCCGCUUCUUUGCAGUCGGUAAAUAGUACACAAGCCACUACCAAAGGCAUCGAUUUAAUGGAUUGUAAGGUCCAAAAGGCCUUGGAAACCAUCGAAGAAGAUUCCUUCAAACCCAAGGCAUUCUUUAGUACAAGAGAUCGUGAAGCUCCAGAAAAAUCUGAGAAAGUUAUAAUAGAUCUUAAUGCAGAAACUGUCACAUUUCCAAAGCCACUGGAAAUACUACAAGGUGAUUUAACCAAGGAUGAAAUAUUUCACCUCAAUUUUUUAGGCGACCAAGAGCAAAAGCAGGAAAAGUGGAUACGAAAACUUUUUAUGUACCGGCAAAAAUAUAUGUCCGAAUAAGUCUUUCUAUGCUGUUCAUACUCUCUUAAGUAUAAUUAACAUAUUAAAUAAAAAUGUUCAAUUUAUUCAACACUCGA